AUGAUGCAAGCCAAGAAGAUCAAGUACGACGUCAUCGGACUGACCGAGACGAGACGACGUCACCCUCUCAACGCCGUAUAUGAAACUGGAGGAAAACUGUUCUUAGGAACAUGCGACAGCAGAGGUGUUGGUGGAGUUGGCGUCCUCGUGAACACGAGUAUGGCAAAGAACAUCGCCUCUUUUGAACAACUAACGACCCGAAUCGGACGUCUGCGGAUGAGAAGAUGUGGUCCAACACUAGCUUUGACUAUCUUCGUCGCUUACGCUCCAACAUCAAGCUACGAGGAAGAAGCUUUCUAUAUGGACCUGGAGAAGUUCUGCCAAAGAGAUCAUGCAUUCUACAAGGUCAUAAUUGGCGAUUUCAACACCAAAGUUGGCCCAAGAAGAACGCCUGAGGAACCUCACAUCGGGACCCACGGCCUACAAUGUUUGGAAAUUUUUUUAACCAUUUGA